AUGCAGCAAAUAGUUACUACUGGUAGACUGAUCUCUCGUGCUCUUUGGAAUGGCUUUACAAAUUUAUCACCUUCAAAUAACGAACACGUAAAUAAGAAACGCGAGCCUUCAUUCCUAUAUGCUGUUUGUGGUUUUCCUAAAGAAUCGUCUCGCAAACAUACCCCAAUUAAAGGCAAAUUUGGAGAUGAUGCUUGGUUUUCUGCUAAGGGAAAGGCAACUGAUGUAUUAGGUAGGUACUUUUUUAUUCUGUUUAUAGGUAAUUUAUAAAACAAUAAUGUAAUAAGCAUUACAAGAGUAUCAUUAAUAUAGAUAAAUCUCCUCAUAUUAAUUAUAAAUAAAAAGGAGUUGCAGAUGGUGUUGGAGGUUGGCGUCAUUAUGGAAUUGAUCCAGGUGAAUUUUCAAGUUUUCUCAUGACAACAUGUGAAAGACUUGUAUCUUUGGGCAAAAUAAAACCCAAUGAACCAAGCAAAUUAUUAGCUCAAAGUUAUUAUGAAUUGCUUGAAAAUAAACAACCUAUUUUAGGUAAGUCAAUUUUGAAUCGUUUUAAAUUGUAUCAAUGCAUAUUAAUAUCUAUUAAAUAUCAAUACAAACUUUACCUGUGUAUGAUUUAUGAAAAAUAUCAACGAAACCUAUCCUUCUCUAACAGAAAUUUAAAUACUAAUAAUUAGGUUUCUAAAUUUUUUAUUUAACAUAAGUGCAAUAUAAAUUACAUUUUGGUAUAAUUUUAAAAACAUAUUUGAAUUCUAUCAAUUGUGUAUAGUUGAUAAUUAUUCUGGUUUAUGAAAAAAUCAUAGAAUUAUUGUGUAUCACUAAAAUAUUAUAAAUAUACUUACUAUCUUUGAUUUUUAAACACAAAGCAUUCAAAAUUAUUAUAUAUCUAGAAUUCAACUACCUAUAUUAUAUUGAUCAUAAAUUUUAUUAUUACUUAAUUAUGCAUAAUUUUGUUGAAUUUACCUUUAAAUUUGCAUAUAGUAACUAAAAGGUGACUCACAUAGGGUUUUUAAUUUGUUUGAUUUUAUGAAAUCAAUUUUUUUUUUGUCACGGUAAUACCUUGACAAUAUGGCUGAAAUAAAAUUAUUAUUAGUUAAUUUGAUUGAAACAGGUAAGAAAGUACUUCUUUAAAAGUCCCUUGGAAAGAACCAUUAACAUUGUUGGGGUAGAAAUGUAGAAAGACGUUUUUAUUAUUAUUAUUUUUUUCACAAUAUUGUGCGCUAGCAAAACUGUCUUGCAAAGACUACUAGUUAGCUAGUAUAUUUUCAUUAUUGGUAUAGAUAAGGGGUGGCCAACUUUAAUACAAUUGUGAUCGACUUCUGUGUUUUCCUAGGUUCAAUCAAAAAAAAUAUAUAUAUGUAUAUAUUUUAUACACAUGUAUUAUACUUCUUUUAUUUAGAAUAUUAAUAAGUAAUAAUAAUGUUUAAUUUCACAGUUAUACACAACAUGUAUUUUAAUAUAUUUGAUUCCAAAUUAUUAUUAUUAUUAUUAUUAUAGGGAGUUGCAAUUGACCUGUUCGCCACCCCUGAUAUAAAUGAAUAAACUAGAAAAAUACAAUAUAUACAAAAUUAGAACUUUGUAUAUAAGUAGUUACUAAUGAAGUAAUGACAUUCAUCAAAAUAAUUGUUUAAUAUUGUCUAUGUACAUAAACUAUAAAGUAAAAAAAAAAAAUUGAAAGUAGACUUGUGUCAUAGGCUCAAAAAUUAGUUUAACAUUUUUAAUGAUAAAACAAAAAUGUAAAUAUCCUAUAAUUUCAACCAAUAAAAAUGUAUAAUAUGUUAAUAUUCGAAGUUUUAAAUACUUUUAAAAAUAAAAAAAAAUAUCUAUAUACUUUGUUUCUCAAAAAAAUGAAAUGUUCAGGAGACUAUAAUAAUAUAUCUCCCAAAAAAAUGUUAAUUGACUUACGCUGAAAUUACUAUGUCUCUGACCUUGAAAAUAACAUUACAAGAUUUUAUCAAAACAUGUGUUAUUUUUUCCUGCUUCAAAAUAGAUUACGUUUUGUUUAUUAUAAAAAUAAUGUUUUUGCCCACUGCCUGGUCUGUUUUUAUUCGCAAUAGAGUAUUGUAAUAAUAAUAAUUAAUUAAAAAGUGUUAAUUUUGAAUAAAUAAAAAAAUAAUAGGUAGUACAGUUGUGUCCAUGUGUUUAUUAUAUUGACAAUAGUGUUAAAAUAAUUGAUGAUUUAUAAAAAAAUCACUUGUUUAAAAUCCAUUGUGUGUUGCAGUUUAUUUAAAUAAAUGUUUUUUAAUACAAAUUUUGGUAAAUUCAAGUUUUGAUGAUCAAAACGCUGUACUGGUCCGCUCAUCUAUUUCUGGCUAUUUCGAUAACUCUAAAAAAACGCGGCGUUUCUACCUAUAUGUGUUACACAGUGCUUAAGACCCUUAUGAAAAUUUACAAUUUUAGAAAGGAAUAUAAUAUAAAUAACUAGUCUGUAAAUAAAAAAAAAAAACUAAUUUAAGUUUAUUCUAUUUUCCUUAAUUUUAUGGACAAACUCGUUCUUAAAAAUUAAUUUUUAAUAAACAAUAAUAUUUUUAAAUUAUUUUUUAGGAAGUAGUACAGCUUGUGUAGUGGUGCUAAAUAAAGAAACCUCCAGUAUAUAUACAGCCAAUAUUGGUGAUAGUGGAUUUAUGGUUGUACGUGGAGGACAUGUGGUACAUCGUUCUGAAGAACAACAACACUAUUUUAAUACCCCUUAUCAAUUAUCUGUACCGCCCCCGACCCACAGUGGGCAAGUACUUAGUGAUAGUCCAGAAUCAGCUGAUACAUCAGAUUUUGCAGUUGAAAAUGGAGAUGUCAUACUCUUGGCCACUGACGGAGUUUUUGAUAAUGUUCCUGACUACCUGUUGGUAAAAGAAUUGAGUCAAAUUGAGGGUGUCCGUGAUCCUACAAAACUACAAUGUGCUGCUAACACAAUUGCGUGGAUGGCUAGGAUAUUAGCGUUUGAUCGAUCUUUCUUAUCACCAUUUGCACGUGCUGCUCAAGCCAAUGGCAUUAAUACAGUUGGUAUGUAUAUAAUGUAUAAUUUGUUUCUUUUGAAUUUAAGAGUAUUUAAGAUUGAACAACAAUUUUUAAUUCUUUAUUAAAAUUCCAUAAAAAUGAGUUAUACUAUUAUUAUUAUAUGUUUAUUUUGUUAUAGGUGGAAAACCUGAUGACAUUACUGUGCUUUUAGCAACCAUUGCCAUGUGA